AUGACAGUCACUGUGCCCACUACCAUACCCUCUCUGCCCAAAUCACCCCUCUCAAACCUCUCAGCGCGUCGACGCCAAGCCCUCAUCGUCGUCCUCAUUUCAGCUUUAUUAGCUAGAUCAGUCCCUCUCAAUGCGACAUCCACUCUGCGAGGAUGGAAGGAAGAUAGAGCAGCAAGGAAAGCAGAGAGGAAGAGAAGAGAGACAGAAACGCCUUUGAAUACUCCAGCGCUGGAGAAGAAAUUGGUCGAUCUGUAUAUCCCUGAUCCAUCUGGCUCGCGUACACUGCUUGUACCUCACCUCGGACGAAUAUCCAAAGUCAGGAUCACACCCACAUCAUCAGAAUUAUAUGCUUCCCACAUAUCUUCCUUCCCACCUCUCGAUCCGGGAGAGAAGCUGGGAGUGAACAAGCAAUUUUGGAAAAUGUUGAUUGCUGUCCUAAGAGUGGCUUUUCCAAGUAAAACGGGGAAAGAAGCUUUCUUACUUGUUUUACAUACUUUUUUCUUGCUUUCUAGAACAGUUUUGAGUGUGAUGGUAGCGAGACUCGAUGGACGGAUAGUAAGAGACUUGGUCUCUGCAAACGGAGCUGGAUUCGUACGAGGUCUCGGAUGGUGGUUCGCAUUAGCUAUUCCGAGUACCUACACCAAUUCUAUGAUUCGAUACCUUGAAAGGAAACUCGCUUUGGCAUUUAGGACAAACCUUACUCGUUAUAUCCAUGAUUUGUAUCUAAACGAUAAUUUGAACUACUACAAAUUCGGCUUGGGGCUCGGUGUAGCAGUCCCAUCAGAGCAGAAGAAGAACGGACAAAGUGGAGGAGGUAGUGGGAGUGCAAAUGAAGCUGCUGCUGGUACCGCUGAUCAGUUCAUCACAACGGACGUAGCAAGAUUUUGCGACUCCCUUGCUGCUCUAUACGGAAAUAUAGGUAAGCCCGCUUUGGACCUUUUAAUCUUCACCUCUCAGCUCGCUGCAUCGCUGGGACCAAUGGGCACUAUCGGUCUGUUUGCGAAUUACGGCUUCACCGCAUGGGUACUCAAGAAAGCUACUCCUGCUUUCGGUAGGAUGGCAGCGACUGAAGCUAGACUUGAGGGAGAGUAUAGAGCGGGGCUAGGUCGGAUUGGGAGAGAUGGUGAAGAAGUUGCAUUCUAUAAUGGAGGCAAGAGGGAGAAAGGUAUUCUUCUGGCAGCAUAUGAGAAGCUGACGAAGCAUGUUCAUACGGUGUUCAAGGCAAGGAUUCCCUACGGAAUGACCGAAGAUUUCGUCAUAAAGUAUUUCUGGUCGGCAUGUGGUUAUUGCCUGAUGUCAUUGCCUAUUUUGUUCCCUGCUGCUACCAAAGCUCUUAAAGCUUCCCCCUUGCAUGCUCGACAAGAGCUGCAUCACGAAGUCGCGGAGAGGACAGAGAGUUACGUUUCGAACAGACGAUUGUUGCUCUCUUUGGCGGACGCCGGAGGUCGACUCAUGUACUCUGGUAAAGAUCUAGCCGAGCUAUCAGGUUAUACAUCCAGAGUAUACGCUUUGUUAUCUUCUUUACAUUCUCUGAAUAACAAUAUCUACCCCGAGAAUCCAAGACCAGCAAGUCUAGAGGAAGACCAGCCAUUCUACGAUUUGUCUAACGUCCACGGAAGAGUCAUCAUCGGACCCAAGCAUCUCUUGAUCCGAGGUGUUCCCAUCGUAGCUCCAGCAGGGGGAGCAGCAGGAGCCGAAAGAGGUGGAGAAGAGUUGAUACAUAGCUUGGAUAUGAGGGUGGAACAGGGUGAACACACUUUGAUCACGGGACCGAAUGGUGUGGGAAAAACUUCAAUCGCUCGAAUUGUAGCUCAGCUGUGGCCUACCUGGUCUGGUCUCCUGGAAAGGCCAAUACACGGUGAAGGAGGGAUAUUCUUCUUGCCUCAGAGGCCGUACCUCAGUAUCGGGAGUUUACGAGACCAUCCCCAUACUUACGCUGAGAUGAAAUCCCGUGGAAGGACUGACGCGGAACUGAUGAGUAUUCUGAAACAUGUGCAUUUGGAGUACCUCCCCUCGAGAGAAGGUGGUUGGGAGACGAGGAAGGAAUGGAAAGAUGUUUUGUCCGGUGGUGAGAAGCAGAGAAUGGGAAUGGCGAGGUUAUUCUAUCAUCGACCUACCUACGCUAUUCUCGACGAAUGUACUUCGGCGGUAUCGAGUGACGUAGAAGGACUGAUGUAUGAACAUGCCAAGAGUCUAGGCAUAACGCUCGUAACUAUUUCCCACCGACCAUCAUUAUUAAAAUACCAUAACCGUCAUCUCCGACUUGGUGAUCCUACAUCGCAUCAUACCUCCUCGACACCCCUCACACGCACACCCGUGGCGUCCACGACGAACCUCACGGGUCUGACUGCACCCCAAACUCCGUCGACUCCCCUGGCAGCACAUGGAUGGCAACUUACCACCCUGAACUCCACUAGUGCUGAGGAGAAGAAGGAGUUGGACCAUGAGAUUGAAGAGUUAGAGAGACAAUUGGGUGAGGUGGGAGGUUGGGAGAGGAGAUUGGAGGUUAUCGGUAGAGAGUUGAGAGGUGAGAAAGUUCAUGGGUAG